CAAAGAAUAUCAUUUCCGAGCAGACACUGAACGCAUCAGCAUCAUUCACCAGGAGCAGAUUCAUCAGAAAGUCGGUCAUCUUCUUAUCAGGAUCCAGAACCAUAAAACAAAAGCAACAAUGAAUGUCGACCAUGAAGUCAAGCGGCUGGUGGAGGAGAUUCAGCGACUUGGCAGUAAAAAUGCCGACGGUCAAACCAGCGUGACGUUCGGGGUCUUAUUCAACGACGAGCAGUGUGCCAACAUCUUCGAGGCGUUGGUGGGCACCCUGAAGGCGGCCAAGAAGAGGAAGGUGGUCAAAUACGACAGCGAGUUGCUGCUGCAGGGCGUACAUGAUAGCGUCAGUAUCACUCUUCUGCAGGAAUAAGGCCUAAUGUUUGUACCACAUGGCCUUCAAGCAACUUCCUGAAUCCCCUCAAAUACUGAGCUUCUGUAGCGGCUUGUUUUCUUCCUUCACGUGCAAUGCUCAGUAUUUCAAUUUAAACAAAACAGAUUAACUCAAACUGUACACUUAUGGACCCAGCUGGAAUAACUGCGUAUGAUUUCAUUUGAUUUCACUGUGCCAAAACGCUAUUAAACAAGUUAUUGGAUAAUCUUUUGGGUUAUCAGGGGCUAACGUUUAUAUUUUCAGAUGGUGUUUCUCUCCUUCUCAGGCCCUGCUGUUUUAUCAACCAAGGGUCUGAGAUGUCCUUUUGAUACACUUUUAAGACUAUAAACACACAAAUCAGGAUUGUACUCAUUUGUGUAACGCCUUCAUUCAGGUUUUUUUUUGUUAAUCUUUAGGGGAAUUACUCUAAAAUGUAACUUUUACAGCCAAAUGCGUCUUUUGAAGGUAUCAGUGUCAGGAUAAUAGACUGGAGACAUUUAGCAACUCCAACAAAAUUCUUCUUCACAUCUUUAAUUGGAGCACUCUGAUCUUUACACGUUGUUUGUAAAAGAUACUACUUUUAAAAGCUGUACUAGGUCAAUUGUUCCUUUAUCAGCGAGAAUGUCUUCUCACCUUGAAUCUAGUACAGCUGUAAGACCACAGGUAGUGUGCGUCCACCAAAAGUGUCCCCAAGUGGCGAUUCCAUUUGUUUGCGUAAGACAUUUCUACUACCUCUUGUGGACUUUGUAAAAAGACAUUAUUACACCAGUGCUUUUGGGAGAUAGAAACUACUAAGACAAGUGCAUUUCAAGACUUUUGCACCAUUUUGUACUUGUUGCAAUCUGCUAGACUAGUUUUUAUUCCAUCUUUUUACUUGUGAUCUAUAAUGAAUUUUCUCUGCUAAACAGAUUCCAAAUCUUGCCUUUCCUAAGAAACAGUCGAUGAGCAGACGGCGGGUGUUUUUCUCAUGCAGUUUAUGUUUUUGUGUAAUAAUGACAGGGUUAUUGGUGCGAGAUGCAAAAGAUUAAUUCUCAGUGUUUCUCAGGACCAAAUGGACGCAACCAAAUGAUGUUUGAUAAUUGUCCUGUAGCUAGGUGUCUUACUUGUUACACAAGAUGUGCAUUUAUAGUUUUAUUAGUUUUUUUAUUUUGCCACCCAUUAUUCUGUACUGUAGGGAAAUGAAACUUGCAGAUCAGGCAUGAUGACCUUUUUUGGAACAGAUACGGUAGCCCAAUGUGGUCCAAAUUGAAACAAUAAAUAAGAUAUUAUGAAAUAGGUAAUUGUAUGAAUAAGUAUAGACUAACAUGUGGUGAUAACCUGAAAUUGUAAAAUAAUCUGAUACACUUUUUAACUCAAUCAAUUUGAUGAAAUUCUGUCACAUUCUGCUUUUUUUCAAGAUAACAUGACAGGUCAUUUUAAUUUUUAUUCAAGCUGCUUUUAUUUUAAAAUGUCCUUUUCAUAAAGUGUAUUUUAACUUAAAAAAUGAAAGGACCCAAAAGGGUCAGCGGUCAUUUUGAAAUAAAACGGUGUGGGAAAUCUUUUCAAAUCAAACACAACCUGUAACUAUUUUAUUUUGGAAAGAAGCAGAGCCAAUCAGCAUUUCAUAAACUGAGUUUAAAAUAUCUAUUGAGUUAGUUAACAAUUUCAUGGUUCAAUAUGUCAUAUCAUGUCUAUAUUAUUUAAUCUAAUUGAUGUCAUAAUAUCUUGUUUAUUUGUUUCACUUUGAACACCGGUAAGUGGCUGCAGCUGCUCUCGUGGAAAAAAUCUAGAAACGCCAAUAAUCUCCACACAUUCAGCUUCUUCUCCUGCAUAAUAUCAAGCGUUACAUAUCCCAUAAAGAGAGACCACGCCUUAUCUGCAAGUUUUAAAAGACCCAUUUCACACUCACUGCUGUUCUGUCAACCUAAAUCCUUACGCUGUUUGAUUUCAGCUUCACUUGAAUUAUGUUAUUACUUAUCUCUGAACCGUAUGGGAUGUUGUGCUCUUAACAGCGUUGGUGGCAAAGAAAGGAAACCCAGAAGAGCUUAUUCAAAUUAUGACAUUUGCUGAAAUGUAGCCAGUAGGGCAAAAUGUAAUCAUCAGUAAAACAACACAAAUGGUUGAGUAGAAGUCUGUAAUGUUUUGGGAUAAAUGGAGGAGAAGCAAGAGUAAGGAGGAAACAAACUGUGAGUGAGCUGAACAUAAUUGCAAUUUACAGCACAAUUAACCUUUAGCAAGAGGAGAGAGUUGUGAUCAGAGCGGUGCCGAUACCUCAAGCCAUUCCUGUGAACCAAUGGGAUGUCUGCAUGAUGUGUUUAUGUGCGUCAUUACUGUCUGCUUGUAUUGGCAAUAACACAUUCCUAAACGUACCAAGGUUUCUGUUACUGUGGAAUACCCUGCAACGAAUAAAAUCUUUACACUUGAAACCUUGAA